ACCGAUAGGUUCAUUAAUCAGAGCGCGUCGUCUGCGGCUUUUAGCAACGGCCACAGUGUGACUGUGGGUCGGCACUGUGAUCAGCCGAGCUUCAUGUCAGUGUGAAGCCGAUGUUGGGCCUAGUGGAAUCACGGAGUGAGUCCUGCAGCUGCUAGUGACACGGGACACCGCCUUCAGGCGCGCAAUGUUACAGAGCAUCGGUCUGACCCUGCUGGUUUUGGUCGCCACUCUCUUAUGCGUCCUCUUGUUUAUGGUUUUUGGUUGGUAUGUGGUUUGGCAGCUAUUUCUGUCCAAGUUCAAAUUUCUUCGUGAACUUGUAGGUGACACCAGCUCACUGCAGGGAGAUACGGAGCCAUCAGAAACUGAAAGUGUAGGAGACUUGCCACCCACACCUCUACGCCACAGACCCAAAUCAGCGCGUGUACGGAGGGCACCAAUUGAAGGAACAACGUAGAGAACCAAACUUUGUUCCCUUUUUAUUUGAAAUUGUUUAUUGGCUGUUAAGCAGCACUCAGCCUGUGACUGAUUUGCUGUGCUUUCUUUGAUUGUAUUUUGAGCAAGUCAGUUAUACAUUCUCUCAGAGCAGGGGAAACAGUAAAGCUUUGUGGUUGCAGAGAAUUACAUGGAUCUAAUGUAAUUUGCCAGAGUUCCAUUUUCUAAUUUUCUCGCAGUGCUGAGAAAGUCAAUUGGCGUAUUAGUUGGUAUGUUUCUCUGACUGAUUGCAGGAGUCGGGCAUCAAACUGUGCUACUACCAUUUUAUCGAAUAUGUUUCCGAAUUGCUCAAUAACUGAACUAAGUACUAAGUUUGUUAUGAAUAGCACUUUUUAAUAUGUAUGUUGUUUGAACUUUGCUUUAGGUGCUUCUGAUUUUUUUUAAACUUCACAUAAUUAUGAAGAAACACUGAAUAUGUUUACAUUAUGGAUAUUCCAUUUUCUACCGCAACGAGUUAAUGGGACAACCUCACUUUCAUUUAGAUUCUUAAAGUGAGAUCAACAAACCUUAACGUUUCAAAAAAAGUGAAAAGCUCUUUAGAGAUUCAUGAGAAAGUAAUGAUGGGAUUAUUAUUUCUAUUCACUGACAUACUUUGUUGUUAGUUUACCUCUUGGUUUCAUCACUUGCACUAUAUGACUAUUAUUUAUAGACUGAAAAUUUUGCAUUCUUGCCCAUUUUUACUCAGCUUGUAGACACAAAGAUGUUUCUCGUUAAUUGUAUGAAGGGGUUUCAUAACAGUUAUACAGAUUGAGACUGAGACUGAUUUAUUUGCUUAUUGCUGUCUUCAGCCAUUGCAGUGAGACAGUCAUUUUCAACUUUCAAAACAAUAUUCAAAUUGCAGGAUGCUAUUCACAUCCAUGUGUCAGUCAUAAAGGCCCGAAGUGGAAUAAUGUUGCCAAGGACUGGCAAACAUGGGCUGACAGCAGGAAUAACUGUUGUGGAGAAUAGAAGUGUUUGAACUCUGGAAAAACGGUUAAGUUUGGAAGUUGAUGCACGCUGUUAAAGGAGAGUGGCAAGGAUUUUCUUGGCAUUAGGUUGUGCAAUACUUAGAAUUAGUUCAAAAAAUUUCAGAGCACCUGUAAUGGAAAUCUUCCAUUCAAAGGACAUUUUUUAUGAUGAGUGCAGAAGAUUCACUUUUUCACUCCUUUCUUAAUCAAGCAAGAAUAACGUUGGGAGUCCUCCUAAUAAAAUACUGUGUUCCUUCUGUGGGCAUUGUAAGGUUGUGGUGUUGGACAGCUUCUCUUCUAAUCCUCUGCACGAAAAUAAUAGUUUGCAAACAGAAGGAUGAAAGUGGGAGAGGGCAGAAGAUGGUAGGGAUGUCUUACUUAGAGUUGAUUUUCCAUUGAGUUCUGAGCAGUUAAAGCUUCAGCUUGUAUAUGUCAGUUGAGAAUAGUUUGUACUGGAUAGCUUGUUUUGAUUUAUUCCAUGCAGCACAUAAUCUUUCAAUGCAUCUACAAAAUACCUCUCUGAAGCAUCAUGACAGGAAAAAAAAUGUGUUUCCUGAAUGGAUUACACCAAAAACUAGUUUUGAUUUAUGUGCAGUUUUAAUUUUACUGUCACCAGAAAACCAUUGUUGUUGCAUGGUAUCUCAGUUGAUGUAGCCAAAAAGUACCUGUAAAGACUUGAUAAUUUUAAAACAAAAAAAGAGGGCUGUAAUGAUGUAGAUACAUGGUCAAGUUCUGUUAACUUUUUCUUUAGGCAUGCUGACUUGUGCCACAUCUAUAAUACAUGGUCUUGAAUUGUCAUAUUUCACCAGAUGUUAAGAUGAUCAGACAUUUGUUGUUACCUGGUAUGGCUAUGACCACAGUGCUCUUCCUCUUGUUGAUUUCAAAUUUUCUGCAAUCAUUGACACAAUCAAUCCUUCCAUCCUCCGAUACCAUGUAAUAUAUUAUUUUUAGGGUCUCACAUCCCUAUCUUUUUGUUACAGCUAGUAGUUCACCUAUAGGACAUGCUCUGAGCUCUUGUUCAAUGUCCAGCUCUCUUAUUGCAGCAUUUUAAGAUUGCAUUCCUAUAAUCCCAACAUAGUUAUAAUUUCCCCAUUUCUGCAUCGUCUUUGGCUUGUUGUAAGGUUUAGUGCCUCCCAUCUUCCAUCUUUCACUGAUUUGCGGUGGCGUUAUCUGCAUGCACUGGAUCAGCUAAGAGAAUACCCAAUUUUGUCUUCCACAUAUGAUCUUUUGCAUAUUAGUUGGUAAGUUUCACAGUUUGCGGUUGAUGUUUAAUAUCAUGUGCCCAUGUAGCCACAGUUUUCACCAGCUCAACCAUGGAAUUAGAGUUAUGCAGGCAUUGGCAGAAUGAAUGAGAAAUACUAUCUAGUCUCAUUGGGGAGACAUAACCAUGAAUCGUCACAACUACUUUAACAAGAGAGACAGAGAAAUUUAUUUCUGUGGGCUGUGGAUUAUGUAGUCUUUUAAUGCAAUGUAAUGGUGACAGAAACUAUAUUGAUACAUUCAAAAUGGAAAAAUAUACAGAGGGGCAGUGGAAUUACUUUGUAUUUCUAGCAUAUAGUACUGGCAAGACCCCAGAUGGCCUCCAUUUGAACUAUAAAUCCUUGGAUUUUCUUUGGCUCUGAAUGUGAGGCCACCUUGUUUAUUUUUAACCACGAUAUUUCUUCCCAGUCAGCAAUUCCAACCUUCAUGCAGCAGCUCAGUUAGACUGAAUCCAACAACUCAAUAAUCCUCUUCGAUCCUGAGCUAAACUUCAGAUCCAGCACCCAGUCUGUUCACCAAUGCUACCUACUUUUUACCAUUAGAACAUUUCUGACCUACAUCCCUAGCUUCUGUGUGACAUCACUGAAACCACUGAGUCAUUGUCACCUUCCAGUUUGGUUUCUUUAAUACAUGCUACAUUCCAAUUGCUUUUUCCUUUGUUGACACCCAAAUGUAAUUCUUCUUAUCAACUUAAAGACCUCUUCCGUAUUAAUUGAUUCUUUGGCCUCACUUCUCCCAACCUUUGUAAUAGUUUUUAAGCAAUGCUCUCCAGCACCUCAUGUGUUGUUCUAAUUCUGUGGUAUUCCUGCUCAUCUCAUGUCUGCUCCACUAUGACCUUCUACCAUUGUGUCCUUUCUGGAAUUCAUUCUCCAAACCCUGCACCUCUUCUUUGGCUCUGCUUUCCCCAUACUUCAUUCUUGUUCGGGAUACCCCCAGUUCUCCUUUAACAGCAUUUGUUCAUACAUGAAAAACACUGAAAGCUUUUGAGUUGCAGUUAUUUUACAAACUGCGCAUUUUAUUUCCAAAAGCAAGGUCGGGAUGCACUUCCAUUGCUCACUUUAAUUGCAGGACCUUGUUAUAAGUAUUUUCUUCAACGUCCUAUUUGGCACCCAGCUAAACUGUCAGGAAAACCAAAGGCAGACUUUUGCAGCCAAUGACUUUUGGUGACAAUCCAGAUCAUCAAAGGGAGGGAAUGAGUGCAGAAGUCUUUUAGGAUGAUAAAGGCUGCAAUCAACCGAGGGGAGUCCACGUGCCUCCUUGAGGAAACUGAGAAUACCUGAUCUUUCUGACCCACAAUGAAAACUGUAAAAAGUUACUCUUUUUUUUUGAUCUGGCAUUUGCAUCUCCUGGGAAACUCCCAUAGCUUCUUUAAAUCCAACUCCCAGUUGCAUGUUAUGAAUAUUAAUUAAAUAUGUCAAUGAAUUAUCUAUAUUCUCAUGUGACAAAUUGGGGACUUCUCCACCGUGAAGUAAUGAGUGAUGGGUGGGUUCUAUCAAAGCCAUUGUGUCAGCCAUUUAUAAGGUAAAAAGUUGUUCUUCUUGUUGCCUAAACUGAGUGUCUAGCAUCAGGUCGGCUACCUCAAAUUUUACAAUGUGUAGGUGCUUGUGCUUUCAUCGUAGUAACAUUGCAUUCUUGUCACAAAUGCAGGGCAUUAUGCCACUCUUUGUUUUAAGUUUAAAAAUAGAUGGUAACGAUUACAGUGUAAAACUUAAUAGGUUGCUAUAGAUUUAAUGUUUCUAGUUAAUUUUGAACUUUAGUUUGAAUCCCUUUUAUGUUUAACUUAUUAGAAUGCGUAAUGGACUGUUUAUUUACUGCAAAAUGCUUUCACGGUGUGAGUACAUUAAAUUUUAUGGUUAUGUUCACACAGUAUUACAGAUGAGAUAUAUGCUGCUUUCACUUAACAGUGCAGUUGAAUGUUAAUACCCUAAAAUGUUUUCUGGUUCUUAAACUGACUGCUGUGAUUGGCACAA